AUGCGAGGAAAGCUGGAGAUCCUGGCCAUGGUGCUGGGGGCCAUAGGCCUGGUAGGUGUCAUCACAGUGACGGCGCUUCCCAUGUGGAAGGUGACGGCCUUCAUCGGUGCCAACCUCAUCGUCAUGGAGACACAGUGGGAGGGGCUGUGGAUGGUGUGCGUGCGGCAGGCGGACAUCAACAUGCAGUGCAAGGUGUACGACUCGCUGCUGAUCCUGCCGCCAGACAUCCAGGCAGCCCGUGGCCUAAUGUGUGUUGCCAUAGUCCUUGCCACCCUGGGCAUCCUCGUGUCUGCCUGUGGCCUCCGUCAGACCAUCUGGUGGCAAGACCACGGUCAGGGCAAGAAGGUGGCCCUUGUGGGAGGGGCGUGUCUCUUCCUGGCCUCAGCUUUGGCGACGCUUAUCCCUGUGUGCUGGACCACUAACACCAUCGUCCGUGACUUCUACAACCCCAACGUGAUGGAAUCUCGCAAGCGUGAGAUCGGACAAUCACUCUACAUAGGCUACGCCACCGCCAUGGUGCUGCUGGUUGCCGGGGUGAUCCUGAUCUUUCGCUGUCAGAAAGGACACAACGAGGAGGAGGAAGGGGGUUAUGCUCCAGCAGUGGAUGAGCGCAUGGACAUGAUGUCACUAAAGCGUACGCCCUCAGACUAUUAUGAUAUGAAACAGUAUGUCUGA